AGAAGACUGUCAGUUCAGUUCAGUGGACCAUGGGACAUCGUGAGAGUUGGAUGCCUUCAACUUUGUUUUCAACUACUGACUAAACUUUUUCAAUUCAAAUUAGGCAACUAUGGCGUUAAAACUCCUUGAUCCCUUGAUUCUACAUGAACAGCCCCUGAAGUGAAUACUGGGACCUAACCAUGAAAAGUAAAAGGAAACGAAAACAGAAUCGGAGUUUAAAUAAUACAAUGUUGGAUUUAAAAGUAGACUCGCAGUGGAAUUGAUCCCCCAUGUCACCGUCCUCUCCUUACCAAAUGUCUCUUUUGGGUGAUGGGCCCUACAAGUCUGCAGUGGCCCCUGUUCCCCCGGUGCCACCAAGAAGAAGGCUGCGGACCCUGGAUAGAGGCUUGGACAGGAGGAUGCGGCCCGGGGCAGGUUCAUGGGGGCCCGGGGCUCCUGAGAGGCGGGUGAAGUGUGUGCUUGUGGGGGACGGAGCUGUGGGUAAAACCAGCCUGGUGGUCAGCUACACCACCAAUGGAUACCCUACUGAGUACAUCCCCACAGCCUUUGACAACUUCUCAGCAAUGGUAUCAGUAGAUGGGCAUCCUGUCAGACUGCAACUCUGUGACACUGCUGGACAGGAUGAGUUUGACAAGCUGCGCCCACUGUGCUACACCAGUGCUGAUGUCUUCCUGCUGUGCUUCAGUGUGGUCAGUCCUGCUUCGUUCCAAAAUGUCCCUGAAAAGUGGGUCCCGGAAAUACGGACGUACGCCCCUCAUGCUCCUUUAGUCCUGGUUGGGACACAAUGUGAUCUCAGAGAAGACGUCAAGGUUCUUAUCGACCUGGCUAAAUACAGAGAGCGACCGGUGGAUCCAGCAGAAGCCAAGGACUGUGCGAGGGAGAUUGAAGCAGUGACGUACAUUGAGUGCUCUUCACUAACUCAAAAGAACCUAAAAGAUGUGUUUGACUCCGCCAUAUUGGCAAGUCUGCAGAACUACAACUCCCAGAAGUCUCUCAGAGGGAAAAGAAAAAAACCUAAGAAAUACAAACAGACUCCAGACAAGAUGAAGAGUCUGUCAAAGUCAUGGUGGAAAAGUUACUGCUGUAUCACUUAAAAUACAUUACUGCUUCUAGUCAAACACUUUUUCCAAAUCAGCCUAAAGGUACAAGAGGUGCCUGUGUGUGGCCGGAGGUAUAAUGGGACUAUACAAACUCACAAAUACAGUAACAGUUAUAAUACUGUAAUAAUUUCUAUGUUGAAUCCUACUGGGGCCAAACUGGAAAAUUUCCUCUUUUGCUGAUUUUGCAUCUUGAUAUUUUAACACAAGUCAUUAUUUUAAAUUUAACAGGCUUAAAUCACAUUUAAAGCAUAAUUUACAUUUCUUAAAUGUAACAAUAUGUGGUAGUACUUUUUGCACAUUUUUGCAUAGGUAACUGUUACUCAAAUGUGAAACAUUCAUCUCAUCAUUAAAGUUUUAAUGGAUCUGAGCCAUUUUGAGAAACCACUAGUUUUGGAUUGUUUUUUUUACAGCGUCUGUUUGAGGUCUGAGGCUCUGAUCAUUCAUGUAACAUUGCAGACAAGUCAAGCUUAUCUGUUUAAAAAUAUGUAAACCUAUGGGCUCAAUGUUCUGUAUGUGAGGAUUUUAGACAUAAGAAUAUCAGUUCAAGUGAUGAAAUGUAAUAAAUUGUAUUUUGUACUAACACUAAUUGAAGGAGGACAGUCACAGUAGACCCUUCAUUGCUUGGUACAUGUGCCUCGUUGUGAGGCGAUGUAUGUUUGUAGCCUUAUAUUUUGGGAUUGCUGGUUUUCUGCCAAAGAUGCGGCAAAUGAAUGAACACAGUCUGUCUAACCAAUGAUGUAAGUGGGAUAAAUGUCCCGAUAGUCCUUGUAUUUGCUGAAGGAAAUCUACAAUUAUUUAAGAUAACAUGCCUUAAGGAGGAGAUGAAAAUAUCAGGUGUGAACUAAUCAAUAUAAACUCACAAAAACUGCAUUGUCAGCUCAAGGGGAUGAGAAAGUAAGAGCAUAUGUUGAUUAUUCAAAAAGCAGUUCUGGUGGUCCUCAUUUUUUGACAGAUGUGUAUGUGAACAGAGAAGUCCUUGAAAGUGAAUGGUUAAAUGGACAGAUGUGUUUGUUGAAGUGAUUCAGAUGGGAAGUCCUGUACAGCUUGUUCAUCAUGGUUUAUUUCAUGAAUCUAUUAGCCUCUGAAUUUCACACACAACUUGAAUCAUGUUUAUUGUGUAAAUAAUUGUAAAAUGUACUGCCUGUUUUAUUGCCCAAAUGCUAUUGCUACAUAAUGUACUUAAACCACAAGAAAUUCAAAGUUUGUGUUGUGUAUUGUCGUGAUUGUAUUGUAAUGUAUUGCCAAGUGUGAGUCAAAAACAUUGUCCAUUGUUCUGUACCAGUUUGAUACUCUGAGAAAUAAAGAUUAUUUGCAUUAAUAC